UCUCCCCACCUCCCCUGCAGUGAGUCAGCCCAGUGGCAGUAUAUAGCAGUGGGCGGGCCUCUUUGCUCUGCUUUCCUUUCGGUGCAGACGGUGUGUUGCAGGUUCUGCUCUUGUGCGUCUUCCCUCGUGCAACCCAGACAAUGGCUUGGCAGCCCAUGGAGAUCAACCCCGAGAUGCUGAACAAAGUGCUGUCCCGCAUCGGAGUCGCCCCUGGCUGGCAGUUUGUGGAUGUGCUGGGGUUUGAGGAAGAUGCCUUGAACUCUGUGCCUGGCCCAGCUUGUGCUCUGCUCUUACUCUUUCCCCUGACCGCUCAGCAUGAGAACUUCAGGAAAAAGCAGACUGAAGAACUGAAAGGUCAAGAAGUGAGCUCAAAGGUCUAUUUUCUGAAGCAGACUGCUAGCAACUCAUGUGGAACAAUUGGUCUUGUGCAUGCCGUGGCCAACAACCAAGAUAAAAUAUUGUUUGAUGAAGGGUCUGUGCUGAAAGAGUUCCUCAGUGCAACAGCUAAUCUCUCUCCAGAUGAGAGGGCAAAACGGCUUGAAAACAAUAAGGCCAUUCAAGAAGCCCACAAUGCAGUAGCAGAAGAAGGCCAGUGUCGGGUUGAAGAUAAAGUGAACUUCCACUUCAUUCUGUUUGCUAGUGUGGACGGUCACCUCUACGAACUGGAUGGACGAAUGCCCUUUCCUAUAAAUCAUGGAGCUAGUUCAGUGGAUACCUUGCUGAAGGCCUCCGCCAAGAUCUGCCGGCAGUUCACAGAACGUGAGGAAGGAGAGGUCCGUUUUUCUGCUGUGGCGCUGUGCAAGUCUGCUUGACGUUCAAGAGGAUAAAACAACCUUGGACAUCAAGGGAAGCAGUUCAGACCUUUAGUGCUUUGGUACUUGUUAGAAACACAGCUGUUCCUGAUCCAAGUUUAAAUGGUCUUGCACAACUUGUUCUGUUCUCGUCCCCUGGCCCACCCCCCACUCCUUAUACACAGCAGCUUCAGUGGCGCUUGUCCUAAAGUCUAAUCCGUGGUGCUUCAACCCUUCAGAUGGGUUGGAUCUGGGGACUCUUGACUCGUUUUAAUGCUUCACAGGGCUUUCCUGACUUGUGCCUCCAAGUUUCUUUUUAAGCUGUUGUGACUACUUGUAAAUCACAAGAAUAAACAUCUUGCGAUUCGAAAA